AUGACAUCCAAGGAUUCUUCCAACGAGCUCUCCACUCCGGAUUCUGACGUCUACAUCAGGACUUUCAAGGAACACAUGCACUUGGAGCUUGAACCUCCCAGACAUUCUGUGAAAAGGACAACCACAUCCCCCAAAAUCUCCCCGCGCAGUUCCCCUAGGAACUCUCCAUGCUUUUUCAGAAAGUUGCUGGUCAAUAAGAGCAUCCGCCAGCGGCGACGAUUCACGGUAGCGCAUACAUGUUUUGAUGUUGAAAAUGGCCCAGCUGCAGGACGUAGCCCCUUGGACCCCCAAACCAGCCCAGGCUCAGGACUCGUUCUUCACGCAAACUUUCCGAAUCACAACCAGCGGCGGGAAUCCUUCCUGUACCGGUCAGACAGCGAUUAUGACCUAUCACCAAAGACUAUGUCCAGGAACUCCUCAGCUGCAAGUGAGCAGCACGGGGAUGACUUGAUUGUGACUCCAUUCGCCCAGGUGCUGGCCAGUCUGCGCAGCGUCAGGAAUAACUUCACAUUAUUAACCAAUCUUCAAGGAGCUCCAAACAAGAGAUCGCCCAUGUCCAACCAUCCCCAAAUCUCCAGGGUUAAUAUACAAGAGGAUUCCUAUCAGAAACUUGCCAUGGACACGCUGGAAGAGUUGGACUGGUGCUUGGAUCAGCUGGAGACCAUUCAGACGUACAGGUCGGUCAGCGAGAUGGCAUCUAAUAAGUUCAAGAGGAUGUUGAAUCGGGAGCUCACCCACCUCUCCGAGAUGAGCCGUUCGGGCAACCAGGUGUCUGAGUAUAUCUCCAGCACGUUCCUCGACAAACAAAACGAUGUGGAGAUCCCAUCCCCGACACAGAAAGACAGAGAGAAGAAGAAGCGGCACCAGCUCAUGACACAGAUCAGCGGCGUCAAGAAGUUAAUGCACAGCUCCAGCCUGAACAACACUAGCAUGUCACGAUUUGGUGUCCAGACGGAGCAUGAAGAUCUGCUGUCUAAGGAACUGGAAGACCUCAAUAAAUGGGGACUGAACAUCUUCAAGGUAGCGGGGUACUCCUGCAAUAGACCACUGACUUGCAUCAUGUACGCCAUAUUCCAGGAGAGGGAUCUACUAAAGACAUUCAAGAUCCCGACAGAUACGCUGAUCACCUACACCAUGACAUUAGAAGAUCACUACCAUUCCGACGUCGCCUAUCACAACAGCCUCCAUGCGGCAGAUGUUACACAGUCCACCCAUGUGCUCCUCUCUACUCCAGCCCUAGAUGCUGUCUUCACUGACUUGGAAAUUCUAGCUGCAAUAUUCGCGGCUGCAAUCCAUGACGUAGACCACCCUGGCGUCUCCAAUCAGUUUCUUAUCAAUACAAAUUCUGAACUUGCACUGAUGUACAAUGACGAGUCUGUAUUGGAGAAUCACCACCUUGCGGUCGGCUUCAAACUCUUACAGGAAGAACAUUGCGACAUCUUUCAGAACCUUUCCAAGAAGCAGAGACAGUCCCUCAGGAAAAUGGUGAUCGACAUGGUGCUCGCAACAGACAUGUCUAAGCACAUGAGCCUGCUGGCUGACCUGAAGACAAUGGUGGAAACCAAGAAAGUGACCAGCUCUGGCGUUCUCCUCCUUGAUAACUACACUGACCGUAUACAGGUUCUCAGGAAUAUGGUGCAUUGUGCUGAUUUAAGCAAUCCAACAAAAUCUCUGGAACUGUAUCGGCAAUGGACUGACAGGAUAAUGGAAGAGUUCUUCCAGCAAGGAGACAAGGAACGAGAGCGAGGCAUGGAGAUCAGCCCCAUGUGUGACAAGCACACAGCUUCUGUGGAGAAAUCACAGGUUGGGUUCAUUGAUUACAUAGUUCAUCCGCUGUGGGAAACGUGGGCAGAUCUGGUGCAGCCCGACGCUCAGGAUAUUUUGGAUACUUUGGAGGACAAUAGGAACUGGUACCAAAGCAUGAUACCUCAAAGUCCGUCUCCUAUUCUUGACGAGCAGGAUAAGGACUGCCCCGGAGUGUCUGAAAAAUUUCAUUUCGAGCUUACCCUCGAGGAAGAAGAUUCAGAAGGUCACGAUAAAGAGGGGGGCGGUAUUAGUUAUUACAGCAGCACCAAGACACUCCAUAUUGUGGACCCGGGGGACUCUCCCGAGGGCGACACGGAAAUACUGACAGACGAUUCGUCUCCUCUGGACACAUAGGUAGUGUCUGGGCGAGAACUCGGAAAGAGGAGAACACAAAGCUGUCAUGUUUUGACAAGCAUGUAAUCUCGAUCUUAGGCCUUGGUUUGGCUAAAAGAUCUUUCCUGCUGCUCGUCAGUGGAGUUGUGGUCAAGGAUGCUGAAGUGAAAGAUAGCUCAGGAAACUAACAUGAUGGACGUUAUUAUCAUUCGGCAUUGUUUCCAAGGUGGAAGAGCGAAAGAAACCAAUGCGCAUAAAGGCUUGAAAAAUGAACAUAAAAAGUCAAACUGUUUGUAGAAAACAAAUGACACAAAACUGAGAGAAUUUUCUUCUUCUUUUUUUAAUAUACCGUGCAAUUAAAAAAAAAAACAUGAUAGAUACUAGAAUAUAUGAAUUGGUAGGUCUAUGUCGAAAAACUCUGUCCAAUUGUCUGAGGACGUGUGUGCCUUUUUUGUAAAACUUCCAUUGUCUCUGAAAUGCCUAUUCAUUACACAAUAUUUAGUGUAAGCGGAACAAAGAAUAAUGUGUAGAUUUCAAUUCUCUUUCCUGAAAGAAGCAGUCUUCCUUUUAUCGUGGGCAAUAUAUGUGAAGUCUAUUGCAGUUAUUCUCAGUCGCACAGAGAAAGCGUCUCUGGUCAAUGACAUUAUGUUUUUUUUUUCCCUCCAUGCACCUGAAGUCAUUUCAUAUUUGCUCAUUCUUUGUUGAGAUUUUUUUCUGUCUGGUUCUAUCGAAUCGACCUAUUCUGCACAAUAUAAUAAGAGGUAGCAGGUUUUUUUUAGGGUUUCAAUUCAUGUGCAUUCACUACAAUUGAAGACUAUGUAUCAGAAGGCAGUGUGUAAUGUGAUGUGUGUUUGAGACCAAGUUCUGCAUGAUCCCACUUUUUUAUUUCUGACCUUCAUUGGCGACACCAUCUUUUUAUUGCACUGCCUAACACGUACUUUACUGUUUAUAACAGUGUAUUUAUUAUCUAUUAUGUAAAUAAUGUACCGUUUUGUAAGUUAUUAAUUUAUAUGAAUUGACAUUGCCUGUCAUUGGUGGUGUUGAUUGUGUAGAAAACUCUAGAUGAGAGUUACAUUUUUUUCUUGUAUUUUAUUUUUUAAUUAGAGAGCCAGCCUGAACAGUGACCCCCAAAAGACAUACCGAACCCAUGGUAUGCCAUGGUAGACCAAUUCAAAAAAGGGGACAUAAAAUUAUAGAAUGAUUGAUUAGUUAAUUCCUUAGUACCAAACCAGAUAUUAAAAACCUAUAUUUUUGCCCCCCCCCCAAACUUGUAUUCCUCUUAAAUUUGUGGUCCUUAUGUAUUUGUUAUUAUAAUAAUUAAUUAUUUUGAUGUGCAGCUUUUUUCUAAUAAAAGAAAAGAAAAAAAAUGUCACGCAUCCUGAGAAAAUAUAUCUCUUGUCUCGGCUUGUGUAAUGUUUUGAAGUUUUGGUCUAAUAAGUGACUACCCCGUCUGUGGAGUAGGCGCACGGACUUGUGCAUGAACAAUGGGUCUGUAUGUCUGUUGACACUGCAUUGUUCCAGGUGUAGAUUUUAUUUUGACAAAUUUCACACAAGGUAUGUUAAAGUAUUGUAUAUUGUGCUAAGAUGCAUUCUUAAGAUUUUUUUUAUAUUAAAUGAAUAAAAGAGAAGCAUGAG